AUGACAAAAACAGUAAUAACGCAGGAAAGUCCAACACCAACAAUCACUACUCAACCAACAAUCCCCAUCAUCAUGCCAAAUCCACCAAUAAUAACGCAGGAAAAUCCACCACCACAAAUAUUACCAACGAGCACCACUCAACCAACAAUCCCUGCAGCAUCGAGUGGACCCUGGUGUGUGACGAACCCAUCUGCAUCAGAAGCUGCUGAUCUUCAAGCGUUUCUUGACUAUGCUUGCGGAUAUGGAGGUGCAGAUUGUUCAGCUCUUCAACGAGGGUCUAGUUGCUAUAACCCACAUACAGUCUCAUGA